AUGCCUCGAACUGAGGAAACCCGCAAAGCCGAUGAACAAGAUCGUCUUUGGGCAGCGAAAUUUCCCAAUGGGCAGGCUAGGCAGGCUGAAAGAGAACGACUCAAAGAUGAAGCGGGCUGCAAUCAUAUCAGAUUUACCAAUACUGUCAGUUCUGAGGAUAACAUUCCGGUCACUUUCUAUCAAAUGUCAACAAAUGGUGAUCAAACUAAAGUGGGCACGGGAAUUGCUAAGUUCGUAUCGGAAUACAGCGUUGAUAUUCAAAUCCCUGAGCUCAUCGAAGCAGAUGUCACGACUCCACAUAUCCCCCCUCUGGGAUAUACCCGUGAAGAUGGAUCGUAUUGUAGAGUCUUCAAGGAUGUCAAGGAAGUCAAACACUACAUCUCAAAAAUAAAAGAUGUGAGAGACCUCCAUGGAAGCUAUGGUGUUCCAGGUUAUCAAACAGAGAAAUGGUUGGAACUAACCAGCAUUACUAUUCCCAAGGAUGAUAUCAACCCUGAUACGAGUACGAUCAUCUCGGUCGAAGUAGAAAACACUCCACAAGAGGAAUUUUGGUUAACGUUCUCGCGGCGUUGGCCCAAGAGAGACAGAUGUAUGUCAGUCCCUGGAACGACACACUCGCAGAGAACUAUAGAGUAUUCAGAUCUCAAGUGGGACAUCAACUUUGAUCCAGAAAAAAUAUGA